AUGUCGACCACACGCGGAACUGUUAUUAACGAGUUGUCGGAAGGCGCACAUUCUCCGACUGAAUCGCGAAACGUCCAUUGCUGCAUGACCACUUACUUCUACGUCAACGAUAACGUUAUAUGCCAACGGUGUUUUGAGAAUACUAAUAGCUCGCCUCAAACCCAGAUUGGCUAUCUCUGUACUUUACAAUAUGUGGAUACGGUGUUGGUAUUACAUCAUCGAAUAUUCGUCACGUAUCAACGCUACGUAUGGUCGAUAGAUAUAAAUGAUGCAAAAUACGAUGGACCACACAUACUAAACAGUUAUAUGGAUUUCCUUCCGAAUAAUUUCUCCUUAUCAGCAGCAUAUCAAAGGCCUUCGGGUAAACUAGUACUGUUCAUACACGAUGUAAUUUACAUGGUUGAGUAUCCCAGUUUCAAAUUAAAAGAAGGCUGGCCAAAACGUCUCUCCAGUCUAGGAUUUCCCCCGAACAUUUUCAUCAAUACCGUAGUAAAUACUAACAGAGGACAAACCUAUGUGAUCUUCAAUAAUAACGAUGUGGCGCAAAUAGAUGAAUGCAAUAUGAGUGUUCGUUCAUAUCACUCGUUACAAGCGAUAUUUCCGGGAAUACCGUCAGCUCCCACCUUAGCCUUCCGAUAUAUGGAUGGUAAUUUGUACUUUGCUAAAAAACAACAAUUCUACCAAUUUAACGAAUUCACGAGAACUGUAACAAAAACUGGUAAAUUUGAUAUAAACAUACUCAACGUUGAAUGUUCGAGAGAUGGAUUAUUGCAACAAAUGCAGAAUAUCUUGACUCGACUAUUUCGAUCGAGUACUACAUAA